GUAACAAAAUCGCGGGAAAGACGAUUUUGUCAACAAAAACAGGACGCAUUGUCAAAAAAUGCCUUUUAUUUCAGAAGAAGAAUUAGAUGAUGAAUUUAGUGUAUUUGGUUAUGAAUUCAGUAGUCCCCAAAUUGUCGAAAAACUACAAGAACUUUGUGUACAGUACAAUUUUGGUGCAGAAAAGAUAGUUACAGAAUGGGUAGCAUUUGCCAGCACACACAAAGGUGUACAGAUGACAUUAGAUGCUCUGGACCAAUUAGACAGAGAAAGACUUACCAAGAAAGGAUCAAAGACACCCAAGACUCCAGCUAGAACAAAUACAAUUAAACAAGAAUACUAUGAUAUUAACACUAUACAAGGAGGUAUGGACGAAAAUGAAGCAGAGAACCUUUACAAUGCGUAUUCUACAACUCCAUCAUCAAAGAAAGGCACUAACCAACAAAAACGACAGUUAACUCCAGACAAUCCUCCUCUGAAAAGAUUUACAAAUAAUGUCAGAAGUCCCAUGGUUCCAUUUUCUCCUGCCAGUUUUUCUCCAGCUGGUGUGACCCCAUCAAUGAAGUUUAGUUCUAGGACCAAUGCUGGGCAUGUGGUUGCCCAUUUCGGUGUUACUGACAACACAAAAUGGCAAGGUCAUGGACAACAAACCAGUUCUAUACAGUUGUAUGACGAGGAAUACAAGUUGACUACAAGUUUCAAGUACAUGUUCCAGAAAUUGGUAGAAAAAGCUCAUGUUUUGAAUGAUACUGUAGAUUACAUGGCAGAGAAACUGCAAAGUCAUUACAAAAUUGAAGAGCUGUCACAUGUGGCUGUGCCAAUGCAGGAACCAGUAACUGUAGCAGGUAGAAUAUGCUGUGAUGCUAAUGGUAAGAUGAAUGCCAAAUCUGUGCUUUUAGAAGGUUCUAGAGAUACUUCAAUGGGAAAGUGUAUACCAUUAGAUCUGGCAGAACUCAAACAAUUUUCUUUAUUUCCUGGACAGUUGGUGGCCAUGGAUGGUAUCAAUAAUACAGGGCAGAAGUUGGUAGUCAAUAAAUUAUAUGAGGGUGUUGCACAAAGUCUUCCAGAAAUCAAAGUCAAAACUGAACCAGGAUCAGAGAAACUCAGUGUACUGAUUGCAGCAGGUCCAUUCUCCACAUCAGACAAUUUAUCAUAUGAACCAUUAAAUGAUCUUACCAAGAACAUAACUAGAGAUAAACCAGAUGUCUGUAUUCUGCUGGGUCCAUUUGUUGACAUGAAGAAUGAAGUUAUAGAAAAAGGAAAUUGUAAAAUGAGUUAUGACACGAUUUUUAAUGAGCAGUUAAAAUUCAUUGGAACUAUAACAAAAAGUGUUGAAUGCCAAGUGAUUGUUGUGCCAUCAUACAGAGAUGUACAUCAUGAUUAUGUGUAUCCUCAACCUCCAUUUGAUGUCAAGAUACCAGAUUUUAAGCACAUGCACAUGAUGUCUGACCCCUGUACAGUAUCUAUCAACAAUAUUGUAUUUGGUAUAACAUCAACAGAUAUAUUGAUGCAUCUUGGAGCUGAGGAAAUAUCUUGGAAUCCUCCAACAUCUACAGAUAGACUUGGAAGACUUGCCCAACAUUUAAUCACACAACAUAGCUAUUACCCACUUUAUCCUCCAUCAGAAGAAGUUAACAUUGAUUAUGAAGCAUUAGAUACUUUUGGAACACUUCCUGUUACUCCACAUGUACUUAUUCUACCAUCUGAUCUUAAACAGUUCAUCAAGGAAUUACAUGAUAGUUUCUGUAUAAACCCUGGAAGAGUAGCUAAAGGACAGAUAGGUGGUUCAUACGCAAGGAUGAUGAUAAAUGUGAAUGAUGUGAAAACUCAGUCCUCAAUAGUGCAACACACUGCUGCUCAAGUGUUACGUGUUUAAUAAAACAAAUUUUGUAUGCUUAAUAUAUUAUUAAAACAUUUGUAUUUAG